ACUUCCCGCAACACGCAACAGUCUUCUCGAGAUGAAAGUCUCUAUUAUUCUAGUUUUGGUUUUUAUUUUCUACCCACAUCAUGGUGAUAGUUCCGAGCUCAACACGUCGAAGUCAAACUGGUUCAGACCUGACUACAGUUACAGCGAGCGAACUGGAGGCUGGUUCAAGUUCCACAGCGUGCCUGCCACGUGGGAAGACGCGCGACUUCAGUGCUAUUAUGAAGGAGCCGAAUUGGUUUCACCAUUCAAUGAAAAUAUUAUUCAAAAGAUGAUUAUGCUGAUGGAUGUUAACGAGCCAUAUAUCUUCACUGGGAUUCACUCGACAUUUUCAAAGGGAGUCUACACAUCAGUUGGAGGUGUUCCUCUGCACGAGAUGCCCGUGAGUUUACACAGUCGUGACGUGUCCGGAAACUGCGUGACGAUGCGUUCCAACGGGCGAGUCGAAGCCCGCAACUGUUCCAGUCAAUAUCCAUACAUAUGUUUCAAAAAAGGACCAGAACAUCUGACAUCGUCGGUUUGCGGGGCCGAUCAAGAGUACAAAUAUGAACAACGAACUGGUAGCUGCUAUAAGUUUCACACACUCGGACGAACCUGGCCUCAGGCGUUUAGAGUGUGCGUGGCGGAAGGCGGGCACCUGGCCAUCAUCAACAGUGACGUAGAAGCCGACGUCAUCAGGGGGAUAUUCCAGAACUACCCUGACGACGCCUUCAAGGCGGACGCCAAGUACGCAGCGAGCAUCGGAUUCCAAGGUUGGGGAGCAGUGAAGAUCUGGUGGACAAUACACGGUCAAACAUUGCAAGAUGCAGGAUACAGCAAGUGGGAUAAGUUUGUACCUGACAUGAGAAGUACAAGGCAUUAUUGUGGUGCAGUAGGGAGGAAUGGGACACUAUCUCACAUAGAGUGUGAGGGAGUCACUUUCCCUGCCAUUUGCGAAAAGAAAGCUGAUCUAGUUUAGUUCCUAAUUUUGAACAGCAACCAAGUAGCAGAUAAAUAAGACCGCUAUUUAAAAAGUUUUACAUAAUUUAAAAUUUUUGUUCCACACAUUAUUAUGUAGUUAUUAUUAAUUAACUGAAAAUGAACGGUCAGUAUCAUGGUGAAAGUAGCUAAAAACUAUAUCAAGGGAACUUUAUUAUUAUUAAUUCUUAUUAUACGAGUAAAUAUUUU